GUCUAGCCGCGGACUCGUGGGGGUAACUAGCACUACGGAACCAGCACCAUGGCGUCGGGCUGCAAGAUUGGCCCGUCCAUCCUUAACAGCGACCUGGCCAAUUUAGGGGCUGAGUGCCUCCGGAUGCUAGACUCUGGGGCAGAUUAUCUGCACCUGGAUGCACCCUGCUCUGCAGUGAGGCAUUUUGUUCCCAACAUCACCUUUGGUCACCCUGUGGUAGAAAGCCUCCGAAAGCAGCUAGGCCAGGACCCUUUCUUUGACAUGCACAUGAUGGUGUCUAAGCCGGAACAGUGGGUAAAGCCAAUGGCUGUAGCAGGAGCCAAUCAAUACACCUUUCAUCUAGAGGCCACUGAGAACCCAGGGGCUUUGAUUAAAGACAUCCGGGAAAAUGGGAUGAAGGUUGGCCUUGCCAUCAAACCAGGAACUACAGUUGAGUAUUUGGCACCAUGGGCUAAUCAAAUAGAUAUGGCCUUGGUUAUGACAGUGGAACCUGGGUUUGGAGGGCAGAAAUUCAUGGAAGAUAUGAUGCCAAAGGUCCAUUGGUUGAGGACCCAGUUCCCAUCUUUGGAUAUAGAGGUCGAUGGUGGAGUAGGUCCUGACACUGUCCAUAAAUGUGCAGAGGCAGGAGCUAACAUGAUUGUGUCUGGCAGUGCCAUUAUGAGGAGUGAAGACCCCAGAUCUGUGAUCAACUUACUAAGAAAUGUUUGCUCAGAAGCUGCUCAGAAACGGUCUCUUGAUCGAUGAAAUCAUAAGGAAUCCAGAGUUUGUGUUCAUGAAACCGUUUUACUGGAAAACAGGAAUAUUGACUACCAAAUCAUACCAGGUUGAGGCAAUGCUGCUUUUCUGAGCAAUUAUUCAUUCCAGUGAUUAAAAUCUAUUGUGCAGAAUGUUCUAAGAGGUUAGAAAUUGAUGUAUACAACAUUUUUUGGUGAUCCAAUUUAAAGGUUAGUGUGGUUAAAAAACUGUUCUAAUAGAAUUGAUUUUUAUAAAGAGUGAAAAUAUGGGCUGUAUUAAGGUUACAAAAAAGAAAUGUAUCAUAACGCCUAAAGUGGAUAGACAUUAGCUACUAUGAAAAAUUUUUUUCCAUGUUUUUAAAAAUAAUGUUCUAUUGUUUCACAGCUGUUUUCCAAAAGCAAAGGGAGCCCUUACAUUUUUCCUGUUUCACGUCAUUUGUGAUUUGUUUAUAUGGUUGAUAAUAUGAGUAGUGUGGAGCUAAAAAAUACAAGCUUGGGCAGGAUGUCAUACUGUGGUCUUGGAUCUGAACAUUUAUUUUUCACUUAUCACCUUAGAUUUGAUUAAUCAAAAACUGUAAAGGCAAUGUCCUAUGAAACCCAGGGGUUCUAAAAUGCAAGCAUAGAUUUUUAUUGAGAUGUUUUCUUUGUGAUUCUUUCCUAUUCCUGGUUUUCUUAAUCUCAUUCAGCAUUCAUAAGGACAUUAAAUAAAUGCUUUUGUAUUAGCUCUCCAUAGAUAAAGAGUAAAGCUUUGGGUAUUCAUUGAGUUGAAUCCUGACUCUGCCAUUCUAGCUGUUUGAUCUCAGCAAAUCACCCAACCUUUUCACACUUCUGAUUUCAUUUGUAUGUUGACUAUAAUAACCACCAAGCAGAGUUGAAUUGAAGAUUAAAAGAGAUAAUUGUUGAUAUACAGAAAGCUUCUAGUACUAUUUCCAGAAUUUAGAGGAUGCUCAGCACAAAGUAGUAGAUAGCAAUGUAAGUUUAUGUGAACAUGGGUUAUAAAGUACUUUUGUAUAAUCUUAUUAAACCUAUGCAUUACUCCUACAAAUGGCAGGACAGGUAUUUUGUUCUGUUUAAAAAAUGAAAUUAAAGCUCUGUGAUAGGCUGGUA